GUAGCUAUUCAGCUGAUAGACGAGGACUGGCUACUCCCCCCAAAGACCUUCCAGUGUUGAAUGGGGGGAGAACGCUUAAAGGAAUCAUUUAGGAUAUUCAAAACAUGGCGAUUGUCUGGACAGCGUUCCUACUACUGUUCAAUAUCUCUCCAGGUGAGUGGAUGGUUGAGCUGCAUGUGGAUAGUAAGGGUUUCGUUGUAUAUUUUUCAGUGGUAAAUAUUCAUUAUCAUCCAGUGAGGGUGCUGAGAUAUUUAUAUGAAGUCCUCUGAUUGUUCCUAAGUACCAUCACUAUUGUGCGUUAUAUUUCAGUUAUUAUACAGUUAGUGUGUUGAGAUAUUUAGCUCACUGUGUGUCUUGGUGUUACAAAGUGCAGCCUUACAUAUCUAGGUGAAGGCAUGUUGAUGAAACUAAAUAUUUACACAUCCCUGAUACACGUUCAGAUGAGUAUUUCGAUAGAUAGAUAGAUAGAUAGAUAGAUAGAUAAAUAGAUAGAUAGAUAAAAUUACCAUUCAGCUUGGACAGGCUUGUGGUACUGACUGUCAUUUUAAUAUUGUUGCAUACGAUUUGUAAAUGAUUUAAUCUUUUUGGAUAAAAAAAAUAAAAAAAUUCAAAAUAUUAAAAUAUAAAAACUUAUAUCAGUUUAUCAAAAAAUAUAAAAAAAAAAUUAAAAAAUACAUGAAAUAAUUUUAAACAUUUAUCCAAAAAUAUUAAAUCACUGGAAACAACGUAUUCAGAAAUAUUAAAUUGAGGACAUAGUAGUUAUCGUUCUUGUUGGGGUUAAAGAUGGUUUUGGAUGAAUGUGAGCCGAUACCUGUGUAUACUGUGUAUGUUUUGUGGAUUACUCAGAAUUUCUCCAAUUGAUAUAUUUGUUUAAAAUUACCUUUUUCGCUGAUACAUAUUGUAUAUCAAAUGAAAAGUCCAAAUAUGUAACUUUUGUUUUAAAUCACGUAGAUCAGCAGCUUUUAGAUAAAGAUAUAAAAUUAAAUAAAACAUUGUAGCAAAGAAUGUUGGGCUUUAGUUAAGGGACACGUCAGUCUUGUGGAUUGCAACUGUAGAGGUUCUAAUGAGAUGGACAGACAGUCUUGCACAUUCUUGUCUACGGUAAUGGUCCGAUAACGAAGGUAAAUGUGUCGGAUUACCCAUGUCAAUUCUAGUAUAGCCUUACAGCAUUAUAAUUACACAUUAUGCUUGACAGACAGCAUAAUGGUUGCCUUUAAAACAAAUCUAAACUAGUCAUUUGUUUUAAAGAGACAUCAGAGCCAAAAAAAUUAGAUCUAUUUGACCAAUCUUGUGCACAUGCUCCUAAGAGAGAGCUGGCAAGGGUAGUGCUGGGCCACAAACAAACUAAGAUGUGAGCUGCUGUCUGAAAAAAAAAAUUCUGCUGCAUCUGGUUGUCUCCUGGUACAGUACCGCUGGAGAGAGGUGACAGAAGGGAAUUUUGGAUGGAGCUUGCCAGCUCAACACUGUAUGGAUUUAAGCUUUUAUGCUUGGACUAAUGGCCAUGAUAUCAAACUAUCGAAGGUUUGACUAGUGCAAAUAUUCGGUUAAGAGAUUUGUUUUUCCAAUUAUCCACAAUUCCCGGUUUAGUGACUAUACCUUGCUUGUAUGUUUGUGAAGCAUGUCCAUCCUCUGUGCUUACUUGGUAAAUUCUUCAAGUGCUAAUUCAGUGUUCUGACUGUCCGUUAAGAAAUAUUGGGAUUCUGAGGCCAGAUAGGAUUUUUUGUUUUUUGAAUUCUUUAUUUUUGCGGUGCAUAUAAAGAGAAACAUAUGGAAUUCCAGACAUGACAUCGAGUCAUCCGGUAAGAGAUCUCCUGGUACGUGUAGGCUUCUGUUUCCUACUAUCAUUCAUUUAUUUCCUUUUAGCUUUGAUGGGGGCUUUCUUUUACUAGUAGAGAUCUCCUGCCUGUUUGCUAGCCCUGUUUCCAUCCAUCUGUUUCCACUCCCUAGGGUCAGUUUUUUCUGCCCACCACCUGCAUGACAUCGAGUGGUAUUGCGAUGGUGUAGAGUAUCAGACAUGUUGAGAAAAUUGCACCAUUUAAAAAAAAAACAAGCAUUGUGAAUCAGAUAACACGCUUAUGUAACAGUAGUAAACUUUUAGUUGUGUUCUGGGUACCCGUUGUGGUGUGACCAUAUGUUCUAGUAUGUGUGUCCGAGUUUACUUGUCGCUUGACCUGGGCCCUCUUUUGGGGGUCGCUUGUCUUUCUGGUGAGUGCUGUAAGGGCAUCCCUGUCGUGGCUACAGUCGGUACCCUUUGACUUGUGCUUAUGGGUCUGUGGUGCCCGACUGAAGGCUAGCUAGGUGUGGUCGAGUGCUGCGUUGAGCAGGUCUGUGUUGGGCCCACUAGAGUUGCUGCAGUCAGUCGGUUGUUGUGUGGGUAUGAGUAUGCAAAGGUCUGUGGGUGUGGCAGUCUGUGGGUGCCUCUUGUCGUGGGUGGCUUUGCUGGUCCGUUUUGGGGCCUAGAUAGUAGCGGUGUUGUGGUGGCAAAUGGGUGGGUUAGUUUGGUUUGUAGUGCCCCUAACCAAGGGGACUGCGGGGGGGGGGAGAGUCGUGGUGGGCGUGUGGCCCUAUUCCUAUCCUCCUGUCACCUGGGACGGUGCACCGGGGUUGGUAAUCCUGUCCAGCCUUGGGAACAACAUAAAACAUAACGAACUAUCAAAACAAGAAUAAAUUUUUGCAGGAGGAGUGCAGUUUGUAUCUGUCUGCUUCUCUUUGGAGUUAGGACCCAGUCAUGUCACAAUGCCCGUGGCCGAGUGGUUCCAUGGGGUAAAGGCGACUAUUGUGGCUGGGUCCCAGGUCGGUGUUGCCCUCUGGUCUCUUGGCUCCUCGUCAGGGGCUGUCAGUCCCAGUGCUCGCAAUAAUGUGGGCGCCUCUUCAGCAGAGGUGAUCCUGUGGAUAGUCCCAUUGUGGCUCACUGUGAGAGCUCGUCGGGUAGUUCAUUGGUAUGAGAUUCCCACUUGUCUUAGUCGGCUUGUGGCCUGGAGGAGAGAUUUGCGCCAUUGUUACAUUGUUAGGUGGGCCUUAACAGGUCCUGGUAGAAGGAUAGAUCAGCUCCCUCGAAUGUGUAGGGAGUUCGGUUUCGUAGUGCAGCAAGUAGUGCCUGUUUGUCUUGGGCUAAUGCGCAGCGGACUAUGGUGUCACUCACUGAGUUUGUUGGGGCUUUUGGCAGGCGGAAUAUGCCAUCAAAGGUGAGUUUUUUGGCUUGUGGAGGCGAUAGUAGCAAGGCCGUUAGGUGCCUCAGGUAGUGGGGUAUCUCUGCCAUGGUGACAGACUCUGGCACCCCUCUUAUCUUCGGGUUGUUGCACCUGGAACGGUCCUCUAGCAUAGCAAGGUGUGCAGAAAAGGUUUGUUGCGUCUUUUGGAUGGUUUGAAUAGAGUCUUUCAUUGUAGAUACUUCUUGCCUUAUAUCUAUGAUGUACUCUUCGCUUGCUCUGACUUUGUCAGUGACCAUCUGUAGGUCGGCCUGAAUGAUUGCUACGUCUGUGGCUAGCGUCUGGCGGAAUUCAUAUGGGAUGCGCCCGAGAAGAUCCUCCAGGUGUUCAGGAAGAUGGAAGGCCGCGGCCUUUUUCCGCCGCCGGUUUUGUCCGGUUGUUGCAAUAAACGCCAUGUAUCGAGGCCGGGUUGCCUCCUCUCCCUUGUGCCGUCUUUGGUGUGGCUGGAUGGGCUGUUAAUUUUGAGAAUUUUGGCGGAUUGUUCAGGAUGCCAUCAGAACGGUGGAAAAUGGCGCCUGCUUCGUUCCGCGGCUGAGCCCCACCCCCCCAGAUAGGAUUUUGAUGGGAUUGGGGGGUGACUGUUCUGCUGGUGAUCCCUAAGUAAGACCUAAAUUUAAUAUUUUGCAUAAGCUCUUCAAAUUAUUUAAUAAUUUUUGACCAAGUUUUAAAAAUAAUUUCAUAGUUUAUUAAAUAUUUAAAUUUUUGAUUAUAUAUUUUUCAUUAUUUUAAUAUUUUGAAAAAAUAUAUUAUAUAUUUAUCCAAAAUUGCAAAAUAAAAAGCUUAUCCAAAAUUUAAAAUGAAGAUCUAAAUGGGAAAUAGCAAACGUUAAAAUGUUACAUUGAUGUUUUAUUAUAUUAUUGCUUAAAUGGCUUCUUUUAGUGGUACGUAAGCAAUUAACUUAUCUGAAACAAACAAAAUAAACUAACAACAAAAACUAAUCACAGUUUUCUUUUAAAACUAACCUUUGGAAUGUCCUACAAAAUGUAGCAAUUUCACUAACAGGAGCACAUGGCUUGGCAUUUCCUGGUCUCCAGUUUUAUGCCACCAUAGUGUGUGUGCGCUUGUGUAUAGUGUUUUGUUUGACUAGUGAACAGUUGGGAAUAUAGAACAAUAUUACCCAUAAACCUUAGCCUCCUUCCUUCCUUAAAGGACCACUAUAGUGCCAGGAAAACAUACUCGUUUUCCUGGCACUAUAGUGCCCUGAGGGUGCCCCCACCCUCAGGGUCCCCCUCCCGCCCGCCUCUGGAAAGGGGAAAGGGGUUAAAACCUACCUUUUUCCAGCGCUGGGCGGGGAGCUCUCCUCCUCCGAUCCUCCUCUUCUCCUCCCCGUCGGCUGAAUGCGCAAGCGCGGCAAGAGCUGCGCGCGCAUUCAGCCGGUCACAUAGGAAAGCAUUCAUAAUGCUUUCCUAUGGACGCUGGCGUGCUCUCACUGUGAAAAUCACAGUGAGAAGCACGCAAGCGCCUCUAGUGGCUGUCAAUGAGACAGCCACUAGAGGAAAUAGGGGAAGGCUUAACCCAUUCAUAAACAUAGCAGUUUCUCUGAAACUGCUAUGUUUAUGAAAAAAUGGGUUAACCCUAGCUGGACCUGGCACCCAGACCACUUCAUUAAGCUGAAGUGGUCUGGGUGCCUAGAGUGGUCCUUUAACCCUACUACUGUAUUGUACCGCUAUUGUAUAUAUAUUUUGGUCCUUGUAGCAGCACCUCUAUGGAGGAAUGCAUGUUCAUGGUGUGCCCCAAUACCCUUUUUUCGGUAUCCUUCAUUAGAACAAGCCAACUGAUGCUGAGAUUUUUAUCAUAACUUUUCAAUGCAUCCUAUCGGUGUCCAUAUAAAAUGUAUCAUUCUUGCAGUCCGUAAUUUUUUUAAUACCAUAGGUUAUGUCGUGGCAGCCUUUGACUAGUUUAAAUUAUGACAUUCAGGGUGUGUGUGAAGAGAAUGGCAAAGUGACAUAUUUAUGGGUAAAUACGUACGACAUUUCAUUAAUAAGUGGGUCAAAAAAUCUCCCAGCAAUACGACAGUGAUUCAUAUAUAAAGCAUUCCGAUCUAUCUCUAUCAUUUACGCGGUUUAUACGCCUGCUUAUUCAUACUAUGAUGUCACACGACAAUCUGUACGUCCGUCCUGCUUUAGUUCUCUGCUGUCCCUUAUCUAGGGACACCAUGGAACUGCCCCCAGGCAGCAUAGCGUGAGCACAUAAUUAGAUGCGUUCGCACUGUGCAGCAGGUAGUAUGUAUAAAGUAAUUAAAAGAUAUAUAAUUGGUUCAGUAAAUAGUUAGAAUUUUAGACCUCUUUCUUUUUUGAGAUUCUUGAGCAUAUGAAGAAGGGUGUUGUCAUGCUGUCAGUUUCCAUGAUACAGUCACAGUGUAUUAACCCCCUAAGGACUGGCCUGUUUUGGCCAUGUUGUACGUUAAGGACCAGGCCUGUUUUAACACUUUUGUGGUGUUUGUGUUUAGCUGUAAUUUUCCUCUCUCUCAUUUACGGUUCCCAUACAAGUUAUAUAUUGUUUUUUUCAGGACAAGAAGGGCUUUCUUUACAUACCAUUAUUUGUAUCAUGUCAUAUAUUUUAUUUAAAAAAAAUAAUAAAAUAUGGUGAAAAACUGAAAAAAAAACAUGUUUUUGGACUUUUACUUGGAAAAUCUUUUACUUAUCUACAAAAGCUAAUGAAAAAAACAGCUAAAUAGAUUAAAAAUGUUGUCCCGAGUUUAAAAACACCCAGUGUUUAGAUGCUUUAUUGCUUUUUUUGCAAGUCAUAGACCUAUAAAUACAAGUAGGAAAUUGCUGUUUCAAUAUAUAUAUUUUAAAUGUAUCAAUAGUGACAUUGUAACACCGUUAUCUGUCAUAAAUCCUCGAAUCACACCUCACAUGUACAUAUUUUUUUAAAGUAGACAACCCAGGGUAUUUAAAAUGGGGUAUGUCCAGUCUUUUUAGUAGCCACCUUGUCACAAACACUGGCCAAAGUUAGCAUUUAUAUUUGUUUGUGUGUUAAAAAUGCAAAAACCGCUAACUUUGGCCUGUGUUUGUGACAAAGUGGCUACUAAAAAAGGCUGAACAUACCCCAUUUGCAAUACCUUGGGUUGUCUCCUUUUGCAAAUGAUAUGCCAUCAUGGGGCUGAUUCUCAUUCCUGGGCUAUCAUAUGCUCUCAAAGGCAACAUAACCAAUCUGACAAAUUUCAAUAAAAAAAAAAAAGUAAAAUCAAGCCUUAUAGUUGACCCUGAAACUUUCACAAACACUAUAAAACCUCUACAUGUGGGGUACUGUUUUACUCAGGAGACUUUGCUGAACACAAAUAUUAGUGUAUCAGAACAGUGAAAUGUAUCACAGCAAUAAUAUUAUCAGUGAAAAUGCCGUUGCUGUGUGAAAAAUGCAAAAAAGGUCACUUUCACUGACAAUAUCAUCGCUGUGAUAUGUUUUACUGUUUUGAAACACUAAUAUUUGUGUUCAGCAAAGUCUCCUGAGUAAAACAGUACCCCCCAUGUACAGGUUUUAGGGUGUCGUAGAACGUUACAGGGUAAACACAGUGCUAGCAAAUUAAAUUCUCUGGACUUUCGGCCUGGGUUGGCAGGCAGGUCCCUCAAAUUGCAAUCAUUAAAAUUACUUAAUUAGGUAAAAAUAUUACAUAAAUACGCACGUAGAAUUUUAAUAUAUACACAUAUUUAUAUAUUUGACGUCUACGUGUAUAUUUAUGAAAUUAUUUAUGUAAUUAUGUAUAUGGACAUAUGUAUAUUUUGUAUUAUUUUUAUUUAUUUAUACAUACAUAUAUAUAUCAUUACAUUCUGAGUGCAUUUUGAUAUAAAUAUAUAUAUAUAUUAAUAUCAAAAUACUGUUAGAAUAAAAUUACAUAUAUAUAAUUUUUAUUAAUUAUUAAAAAUAAUUUUAACUUUUUGUUUAUUUUUAUUAACAUAUUAUUUAUAAUUUAUAAUAUAUAUAUAUAUAUACAAUAUAUAUAGUUAUUAUAUAUAUUGUAUAAAUACGUGUGUAAUUUAAAUUAAAAGUUUUUUUAUAUUAAUAUACGUAUAUAUAAAUAUAAAACACUUAGUAUGACAUUAUAUAUAUGAUAUAUAUAUACAUAUAUUAUAUAUAGAUAUAAUACAUGUGUAUAUAUAUCAUAUAUAUAGAAACAUAUAUUAUUUUUUUUUUACACUGAUUGCUUUAUUUUUUAACUUUAUUUUUGAUUUUCCACUUGCAGGGAGACUGCCUGUCAGCACAGACAGUCCUCCUGCAGGCAGAUACACAGACACCUAUUGCAGUCAUGUGAUCGAGUGAUCACGUGGCCGCGGGGUCCUGAUGUGCCGAGGGGAGACUUCCCGUGCAGACAGGCAGUCCCCCUGGACCGGGAGGAGCACUGAUCGCUGCCGGGGGAACGACGGCGAUCAGGUAAGUAGCCCCAGACCCUUAUGAUGGUUCAGGACUGUCAUCGGUCCCCAAGGGGUUGAGGAUAUCACGAUUUUGGCUUCUUUGAAUUUAACCGGAUAACGACAAUUAUGUAGUUAUCUAGAACACAGUGGUGUAUAUUUCUAUUUUGGAACUUUUUGUUCUAGAGAUCAGGCUAGCUACAGAUGUAAUGAUCUGGGCAGUUUUCAAGCUUGAUAAUUGAUAACAGGUCUAGGGUGUUUACCAUGCUCUUUAAUUAAAUAACUUUUGAAACAGAAUAAGAGUAUAAAGGCACUCAACUAUACAACCCAGUGCAGCCAUAAUACACCAAAUCCAAUGUCGCCUUUUUACUUCACACUUAACAACGAUCAUACAUACCCAGCGGAAACCCACACAGUGGUUAUAGUUACCAUUCUCAUAAAUACCAACUUCUCAUACCUAUAAAAAUAAUAUCCUACAAAAGAAGAUAGGAUAAAACUGAUAUAGUGCAAUCUGUAUAUACACAAGAAAUAUUGUUUUCCAAAAUCGGGUCACUCACAUUCUUUUGAGCGUAUAAAGUUGGCUCUGAAUUUCUGGACUUAAAGGACCACUAUAGUGCCAGGAAAACAUACUCGUUUUCCUGGCACUAUAGUGCCCUGAGGGUGCCCCCACCCUCAGGGAUCCCCUCCCGCCGGGCUCUGGGGAGAGGAAGGGGUUAAACUUACCUCUUUCUCCAGCGCUGGGCGGGGAGCUCUCCUCCUCCUCUCCUCCCUCUUUUCCUCCUCUUCGGCUGAAUGUGCAUGCGCGGCAAGAGCCGCGCGCGCAUUCAGCCAGUCCAUAGGAAAGUAUUCACAGUGAGAAGCACACAAGCGCCUCUAGCGGCUGUCAAGAGACAGCCACUGGAGGCUGGAUUAACCCUAUUAUAAACAUAGCUAUGUUUAUAAAAAAAAAAGGGUUAAUCUUAGAUGGACCUGGCACCCAGACCACUUCAUUAAGCUGAAGUGGUCUGGGUGCCUAUAGUGGUCCUUGAAGCUUCCUGAAUUCUAAUGAAUAAUAUGACGUGCCUGUGUGAACCAUUGAUUCCAUCACAAAUAGGAAUAUGGUCCGCAACCAUGGAUACGAGACUCACUUCUUUAUCUAAUCCUAAUCAUAGAUAAAUUAGAAAAUUCCAAUGUUUCCAACCUAAAUAUUAUUGAUACAAUGACUUUAACUGCAUCCAUGCACUAUUUUAAAUUUCACAUUAUAUCAUGUGAAAGUCACCUGAUUUCCUAAUAUUACAUUGUACUGUGAAAAAAAACAUACACAAGUGUAGAAAUCUUGGUAUACAAUGUGAGCACUAAGGUAGUGCACAAUAUAAAAAUACAACCUUGGUGUACAAGGUGCAGGGCCGCAUGAACAUAGGGGCAGAUGGAGCUGCAGCUCCAGGCCAAUGCCUAUGAAAUAGGACAAAUGAUUUAAAAAAAAAAUGUAUGUGUAUAAUUUUUUUUUUCUACCACUCUUCAAAUGCUCUUCAUUAAGUAUAGAAACUUAAGAGGGAUGUAGGGGAACAAAACUGGUUUGGACUGGCUGACAAUGUAAUUAGUUAAGGUAAAGCUGACUUUGCGCACUAUGCAAAUGCUCUUGCUGCUUCACUCUAACCCUGUGGCAUGUUCCCUUUCUUGUACAAUCACUACAUACACUUUUUCUCUAUCCUAGGCUGUAUAACUGGAGCUUCUGCCUGCUAGUAAGAAGGUUAGGAGAAGAGUGGACCAGUGAGUGUUAGGGGAUGGUCCUUAGAAAGCUAAGAGCUAGCGCAUGACAUGAAUUAACGCCAGGCUGACCAUCCAAUUCUUUGUUCAAAUACGCCCCCUUUUUGGGCAUGUUUGUCCCUUUGGGCAGUUCUGGUUACGUGAUUCACGUCAGUGGCCCACCCAUUUACCCCCCCAACCAAAAUCCUGCUUCAGUGGAUACUGCUAUCAGGGGGUAUGGAUUUACUUGAAAGAUGAAAGCGAGAGAUUAGCAUAGGACAUGUGUUUUCUGAUAGCUAUGUCCUGUUAGGUUCCUUCCAGCACAACCUCCACCAGAUACAUGACGCUUGGGAGGUAUGACUGUUUUAGUGAUACAACUACAUGUCUGUUCGUCCACCCAUUGUAAAGCGCUGUGGAAUUUGAUGGCGCUAUAUAAAUAUCAUAAUAAUAAUAUAUGAUUCAGUAUUUAGGCCCAUUGUAUUGUCAGUACUGGCCCAAUUGGCUCUUAAUCCGGCCCUGACAAAGUGGGAAAUAUAAUGGAAACCUAAUGGAGAAACAAACUGGGCAGGUUUCAGAAUAAGGAUUAGAUUUGUUAGUAUAUUUUCCACCUUGUACACCAAGUUUGUAUUCUGUGUUUUGCACUAUAUUAGUGUGUGUAUAGUGUGUUAGGGCACCGCCAGCUGCCAGCACGGUGCCUGCAGACCGGGGAGGGAGAUCUGUGAUCUCCCCUCCGAUCCACAGGCACAUUGCAGGGCUGGCGCCUGCAUGUGCUGGCAGGGGAGAAGGAGACUGUCGGAUUUCUCAGGGGUGGGGUAAUUGCCCCGUUGCCCCCCCCCCCCCGGAUCCUCCACUGAUUAGUGUUCACAUUAUAUAACAAGAUUUCUACACUUUAAUAUGCAUUUUUUCCCCGUUAGUUUGAAUUGUUUUGAGGGUACACAGUUUAGUAGGUUUCUGGCUCUCAUUUAUAAUCUGCAUCAUUGUGGUUUUAUUCAUUUGUUUCAUUACAUUGUCCUUUGUUUCAUUUUAGCAAAUGAAGCCAUUUUCAGAUAUAAUAUUGAUACUAUACAUGGUUACGAGAGAGAGAGAAUUGUCGUGACUACAAAGUGCAUUUGAAAUUAAAGGCCAAAGUAGCAAACUGGAAUCAAUCGACUAUGUCUCCAUUUUGUCUACUUGGGACUUAAAUUUGAAAUACAAAAAAAAGCCCUGUGGGUGUGAAAUUCUCGUAUUAGAGUAAGGACAUACGCUGCUUAAUGAAUAGCAGCUUGUCCAUAGAUUUAAUAGAGGAACUGGAUUAUUAUUCAGUAAGGAGAUCAAAGCCUUAUUUUCUUAGGAGAAUCCAGCCCUAUGUAUCACUUUCGCCUUAUAUAAGACACAAUUCUAACACCAUAAAACAAAAAAACAAAAAGAGUUACCUACACACUAUCCCAAAUCCCUGUACAAAUUUAAAUACAUUUAAAUAAGAGUUUUUUUAGGAUCACUCCAGUGGCCAAGUGCAAGCUCACCUGCCAUGUUGUAUCUUAAUAACCCCCUGCACGCCUAUUAACCCUUAACAGGCCACACAUGUGGUGGGCGGCAGCACUGUAACCUGGUUGUGUAAUAAAAAAGAAAAAAUACAAACACACAAAAUUAAGCCCUGCACUCAAACUCCCACUACUCCUGGGCAGCAGCAAUGACUAUAAUACACAUCAGCCCCAAUACAUGGACUCUUUGGAUGUGUAUUAUAAUUAUUGAUAAUAAUAGAGGAGGGAGUCAGACCCAUCAGCUGACCCCAAGGAAGUCACUCUCCUGCACCUAAAAGGUAGGAAACAGAAGGGUGACUAAACCAUUUUGCAUCUGUGUGUGUUUGUGUAUGUGUGUCUUAAUGUAUGUAUGUGUGUCUGUAUUCAUGUUUGUGUGUCUGUAUGGAUGUGUCUGUCUGUAUGUAUGUAUGUUUGUCUGUUUAUCUGCAUGUCACCCCACCCCACACACAUUCACCCUGGCACAGUCCCAAUAACUACCCCAAUCCUGUCACUAAUCCAUUCUCAAAUCAUAUCACUCUGCCAUAUUCACCCUAUUCCACUCACCUUCUGUAGCACUGUCACGCUCCCCCUUUCCCCCCAAUCCUGUAACACUCAUUCUCCAUCACUCUGUCACACUCACCCCCUUUCACCCUAUCACAUGAACCCCUCCAGUUCUUUCAUACUCAUCCCCCCAACCAUGCCACACUCACCCUGUGGGGUGUGAAUGAAAUACAUGGAGGGGCUGGGGGGCGUGAAAGAAACACACGGAGGGGGCUGGGGUGUGGGGAAGAUGUAUGGGGGGGGGGGGGCAAUUGUCGCACCACGGUCCUGUGGUGUGUGGUUACGUCUCUGUUUGUCACUUUAUAUUUCUAACACUAUAAUGAUUUCUUUUCACACUCAGUUGAGCGUUAAGGUUGUUAUAAGUUCACAGAAUAAAGGGAAAGUUUAAGGAUUCCUAGAUAUUUUUAGCACGCAGGGCAGGGGUUGCAGUAAGUAAGAACUCUGAACAUUUGUUUGAAUGUGUUCUUUGUUUCCUUAAACCACACUAAAGAAACCUUUCAACAACCACAAUCGUUCUCUAAGAUCCCCCCUUCUACCACUCAAUAACCAAAUAUCUUGUAUCUAAUAAUAAAACAGUUAAACACUAGCUCUUCGUCAGUCUCGCCAAAAAGCAAAAGGAAUAAGACUUUCGAGAGCUGAUUACGUUUCUCUGUAAGAAAGACAGAAGAGUCAUAACUUGACAACAGUAGUUUUAUUAUAGGUGAAGCAGUGGACUGCUCAUGCAUUAAGGUGGACAGAGUUAACAAAGACAUAUUGAGCACCUUUAGAAGUUUUAGAUCACGAAGUCAGUUUUUUUUGCAUUUAGCAGUCCUCUCGUAUUAGGUUAGCAGUAGUGAUGUCCCAAACUGUUCGCCGAACAGUUCGCGAACUGUUCGCCACGGUUCGCCACAAACGGUUCGCGCGGACUCCAGUCAGCUGACACAUUCCAGCCAAUCAGCAGCAGACCCUCUCUCCCAGACCCUCCCACCUCCUGGACAGCAUCCAUUUUGAAGCUGCAUUCUUAGUGAGGUGGGAGGGUCUGGGAGGGAGGGUCUGCUGCUGAGUAGCUGACACGUCAAAAGGCCCUCAGAGCAAGGCUGUCGUAAAAUGUAAGGGCCACUCUCAAGCCGAAUAUUCAGAAUUAUUAUAGAGCACGAUACUUCGUAAUAGCCACAGAGGACUUGAUCUGGAAAGCUAAGCGUUAUCCCAGGUGUCUUUACACAAAUAAAGGACAUCCAUCGAGAAUAGCAAUUUGACUGCUCUUAUAACAAUAUUGUUACUGAAUGAUAGAAAUAUCACAGGUAUAAAUACCAAUCACUAAUCACAACCUAAACCUGCUUGUACAUAACACUACCUAAUGAUAGACCGAGGGAUGAUAAACCGAAUAGCUUUCAUUCAAUUACGAAAAGCUGAAUAUACGUUGUCUGAAAGCCAUUGAUGUCAACCACCAUUAGAAGUUUUAGAAAGAUGACGAGAUAAAGGGUCGCCACUUACAACAUCGCUGCAAAUAAAGCAUUAAAAUGUCAUGCGAUUUCUAUUAUAUUUUGGCUUCCAUUUCCUUGUUAUUCACGUAGUAACGGACUUACCUAAACCAAAGGAAAGUACAAGUGAUCAACCAUUUACAUAUACCCGAGCUGGCUGUUGGUCCAAACAUGGGGAAAUAGAAUUACCACCAGCUCAACGUUCACAGCUGCUUCGAUCAUUAAAAAACUAUCCGCAAAUUAACUUCAAUUGUGGACUUUGAAAUUGGACUCUAAGUGCUGAAUUCUCUCUUAGAUUAAGAGUUUGCUGGUCUUAUGUAUAGCAAUUUUCCCAUUUUCAUGAUACUGUGAAUUUCUGUAUGCUGCCCUGCUACACGGUUUUGUGGUAGUUUAACGGAACACUCAAUGCACCAUAACCACUACAGCAUUGGUUAAGGUGCAAAAAGUGCCAUGGUGCCCCCUCCCAUAGUAAGGGGCCAAAUCUAUUUAGAACUAUGCGACUUCUUACUUAUGUUCUGCCAGGCACUGCUCCCUGUCUCCACUACUAAUGAUUGAGAGGCGAAAGUCCCUAAACAGUAACCUCUGGAGAAUUCAUUGAAAAAUGCCGCUUCCAUCUCAAAAACAUAGCUCACACCUGCCCCUAUUUAACACCAGAUGCAGCUAAGGUGCUGGUCCAUGCGGUUGUUCUUUCUUGCCUUGACUACUGCAAUCCCCUUCUCAGUGGUCUUGCGUGUUUCCAGAUUGCACCGCUGCAAUCUAUAAUGAGUGCGGCGGCGAGGCUCAUUUUCCUGUCUGCCUGCACCUCCCACACCUCCCCCGUCUGCUCAGUUUAAAGGAUCACUAAAGGGUCAGGAACACAAACAUUCCUAGUGUUAAAACCACCAUCUAGCCCCCCUGGGCCCCUCAUGCCUCCAUAACUAUAGCAAAACCUUAAUGUAUUCAAGCCAGGAGCUGUAGAUCUGCAUGCUGUUUGCCUAAAAAAAACAAGCAGUCUGCUGACAUCGUCAGAAGUGGUAGCCUGAUCCAAUCACAGUGCUUCCCCAUAGGAUUGGCUAAGACUGACAAAGAGGCAGAUCAGGGGCAGAGCCAGCAUGAUUCAAACACAGCCCUGGCCAAUCAGCAUCUCCUCAUAGAGAUUAAUUGAAUCAAUGAAUAUCUAUGAGGAAAGUUCAGUGUCUGCAUGCAGAGGGAGGAGACACUAAAUGUUUGGAUGCAUUUUAGGCAGCCAUGACCCAGGAAGGAUCUCUAACAGCCAUCUGAGGAGUGGCCAGUGAAGUUAUCACUAGGCUGUAAUGUAAAGACUGCAUUCUCUCUGAAAAGACAGUGUUUACAGCAAAAAGCCUGAAUGUAAUGAUUCUACUCACCAGAACAAAUUCAAUAAGCUGUAGUUGUUCUGGUGACUAUAGUGUCCCUUUAAGAUUCUGGUGCUUGCUUACAAGUCCUUACAUAAUGCUGCUCCAACCUACCUAUCCUCCCUAAUACACAAAUAUGUCCCGUCGAGGCCCCUGCAUUUUGUCGAAGACCAACGUCUAUCCUCUGCCCGUACUCCCACAUCUGAUGCUCGCCUCCAAAACUUCUCCAGGGCUGCACCUUUUCUGUGGAACUCCCUUCCCUUCUCCGUUAGACUUUCACCCAGUCUCCACUCCUUCAUAAAAAUCUUUUCUUCAGGAAAGCAUAUAAUUUAAACUGUUAGCGGGUUUUCAUUCUCCCUCAGUGACUCCUCUCCUGCAACUGUCAAUAAUAACCUAAGUUCUCAGUGAAUACUUUUUCUAGCAACCUAUUUCAUUACCGCUAUUUAUACCUUUUGUGUCACGAUACCCCAUUCCCUCUAGCAUGUAAGCUCAUUGAGCAGGGCCCUCAACCCCUCUGCUCCUGUGCGUCCAUUUGUCUUUUAAAUCUUUUAAAUUAGGACUUUACAUUAAGUUAGGACAACAUUUCCGCCAAAAUGGCAAUAUUUUCCAAAAUUAUUAAGAACCAAUUCUGCAAGAUCCCCGGCCAACUCGCUGUUUAGUGGAGAAACCCCUAAAGAAUCAUCCGGCUGUACACGCGUUUUCCAAUACUUACAUAACCUUUGAUUUUAUUGUUCAUGAAUGAACUUUGCGGUUUGAUUUAUAAUGUAUCAUUAUUCAGUUCAACUCCAUUAGAGGGCAACGUGUAUUCUUACUAAUAUAGAUAAAUGGAUUAUUAUCUCAUAACAUAACUGAUUAAAGACAUCUUUGUUUUAUUACUGUAAGUGAUGGUUAUAUAUUAAUUUAAAUGAACACUUUUUUGUACACUGGUAUAUAUUUAUUUUUUUACUGUAUUAACCCAACAAAGAAGACUUCAAAUGUAUCGCUAAAAAAUACCAAAGGAUUUUUUGCUCUGCUUGUAAUAAAUGUGUGCCUCCUGCAUAAUCUAUUUUUUUUUAAAUAAAAUAUAUUUUUUUUAAUAUAAAUUAAGUUAUCCAAAAUGUAUGGACUAUAAAUGGGCCAGUACAGCUUUGAAACUUGGCAAAAUUCUGGAAGCUCAGAGAUUUCCCUAGGUCUCAAGAGCAGAACCCCUUUUUGUAUAAAUGGGGGAAUCUUGUCCCAUCUGAUUUGAUGUCAAGUUUCACCACUUGCAAAUAUUUAUAUAGUGCCAACAUAUACCGCAGCACUGAAUAAUAUGAAAGAAGACAAAUUUAAAUGAAGAGGACCCUCUACAAACAAGCUUACAACCUAUGUUUAGGAAAUAAAGAAAAUCUAUUGAUGUAAUCUUAGAAGAGGACAAGGUGACAUAAGUUGACGAAUGUGAGUAAAGUGAGUCUUUAAAGGUCACUAAAUGCUGAAUUAGCAGGAAGUAAAAGUGACCUCAAAGUGAAUUUUACAUUUUAUGGCAAAGAUUUGUGAACCAAAAACAUAAAAGACUUACAGAAUCUUUUCCGUUUGGAUAUUUUGUGAAAAUAUUAAGUCAUUAAAGUGAAAAUUUAAAGUGAAUAUUACAUUUAAAAUAGGAAAAUGCCAAAAAGCCUAAAAACUAAUAAUAAAAAUUCUCUAGGUCAGCUAUGCUUCCAGUGCCACUAUUUUGAACUUAAAUUUGACAUUUACUUUGAAUUCACUUUGAAUUUAUAACUAAAAUAACUUUGACAAUGAAUUCCUGACCAUUCACACUUUAGCAAAUAAUCUUGUAAGUGAACAAGCUCAAGUUAUUUAAUUAUUCAUUAAUGUGUGCAUUGUCAAGAAUGAAAAUUAAUUUCUAAGAGCAUUUAAAAUUUAAGUCUAAAAUUGCAGAACUCAUACUUUAGUGAAUAAAAGCGAUUAUUUCAACCUGAGAAUUUUUUUUAAAAGAAUUUAGGUGAAAAUUUACCACUUAGAAAAUAAGGAAAAUUUCAUUCCGUAUUUAUCGUCAUUUUCUUUUCCUGGCUAGUAUUCAUUGCAACAUCACUUAUGGUCAGCUCCCUCCUCAGAACCAGAUAGGCAGGAAAAAGAAACCUAAUUAAGAGACGGCAUGUAUAAAAGGUCCGUCCUCCUAUACAGCAAUUAUUGGAAAAGCAAGAGAAAUAUUGGGAGGGAGACUGGUGCUACCAUUAAUAAUACCCAUUAAUAAUAUCUAGGCUCCUACGCUAUGCCAAAAACCUAUGUCUAUCUUCUCUUUGUACUCAAACCUCCAACAACGACCUUCAAAACUUCUCUUGGGCUGCACUGACCCUGUGGAGCUCCUUCCCUGUUCCAUUAGAUUCUCAAUCAGUCUAUGUUCCUUCAAAAAAAUCAUGGAAAACUCACUUAUUUAGGAAAGCAUAUCAAUUAAACUGUUAAUAGCUAUCCCUUCUGGCACCUUGGUAACUCACUUUGCUUUCUCUACUGCAAAUGUGUCAUCCAAUAAACUAGCCGUUAACUGUAAACUAUUCUAACAAACUACUUUUUCCCUUACAUGAAAUACAUCCUACCCUUACCUCUUGUGCCACUCUACCAAAUGACUGCCAGAAUGUAAGCUUGUUUGAGCAGGGCCCGCAACACACUCUGUUCCUGUGAGUCCAAAUAUUCGUCAGAGUACAGAAUAUUUGAUAGAGUCCUAAACUCAACAUCUGAGGAGAGGGAUUUAGGGGUGAUUAUUUCUGAUGACUUAAAGGUAGGUAGACAAUGUAAUAGAGCAGCAGGAAAUGCUAGCAGAAUGCUUGGUUGUAUAGGGAGAGGCAUUAGCAGUAGAAAGAGGGAAGUGCUCAUGCCAUUGUACAGAACACUGGUGAGACCUCACUUGGAGUAUUGUACACAGUACUGGAGACCGUAUCUUCAGAAGGAUAUUGAUACCUUAGAGAGGGUUCAGAGAAGGGCUACUAAACUGGUUCAUGGAUUGCGGGAUAAAACUUACCAGGAAAGGUUAAAGGAUCUUAACAUGUAUAGCUUGGAGGAAAGACGAGACAGGGGGGAUAUGAUAGAAACAUUUAAAUAUAUAAAGGGAAUCAACACAGUAAAGGAGGAGACUAUAUAUAAAAGAAGAAAAACUACCACAAUAAGAGGACGUAGUCUUAAAUUAGAGGGACAAAGGUUUAAUAUCAGGAAGUCUUACUUUACUGAGAGGGUAAUGCAUGCAUGGAAUAUCCUUCCAGCUGAAGUGGUAGAGGUUAACACAGUAAAGGAGUUUAAGCAUGCGUGGGAUAGGCAUAAGGCAAUCCUAACUAUAAGAUAAGGCUAGGGACUAAUGAAAGUAUUUAGAAAAUUGGGCAGACUAGAUGGGCCGAAUGGUUCUUAUCUGCCGUCACAUUCUAUGUUUCUAUGUUUCUUAGUCCACCCAUUGUACAGCGCUGCCGAAUUUAUUGGUGUCUUAGAAAUAGUAAUAUUAAUAAAACUUUAACAACAGGGAAGCAUUCAAAGAUGUUUCAAAUUCCUGCCUUUGUACUGGCUGAUAUGCAGAGUACAACCCACUAUGGCCUACCCACGUGCCAAACACAUUUAAGGGGUCAGUCAAAUUUGUACAUUUACAUUUUCAUGAAUCUAUGCUUUCACAAAUACUAUCUGGUUAAAUGGGCAGUCAAAACAUCUUUACCAGUACAACUUCUCGCAGUGGGUAUGGUGCAGGGAGCCUAAGGUUGCCCUCCGCCCUACCUCCCCCCGUUUAUGUCAAAAAGCUCUUCAUUCGCCACUUGGAUAAAAUAGAAGUUUAACUUUCCCAGUAUCCAUCCAAUGCCGAUUAGCCUUACAAGGUAACGAUCUUUGUGGUUAAAUGUUGGAUGUCUUUUUUAAGAACACAGAGAAUGAAAACUCCUGUAUUAUUUGUGGACAGGACUUUGGGUGUUGGGUGAGUUCUGGUUCACAUCAAACCCAAAAAGCGGCAGAUGGAAAAUGGGGGAACAGCACUCAAUGUCUUCUUGCACUGUAACAACUACAAACAAAUUGAGUGGCUAUGGUGCUUAGAGUGUGUCUUUUUUUACAUCCAAAUAUUUAGGAGAUUUUAUUUUGCACAAAACUAUCUAUUCACAUCUAUUAUUUGGAUAACAUAAAAAACAGACAAACAUAAAUUAAAUAUUAAACAUAAAUUAAAUAUGACAUUUUAGUUAAUAUACAAUUUUUAAGAUUUAUCUCUAUCCAUUUCAACAUUUUAUGACUAAUAUGAUUUUAUUUCUACUAAUACAAUACAAAGAGAUCUCCUGUUAGUAUUCUAAUGAUAAUGUCAUUUGAAAAUUGCAGAAUAAUUGCAUUUAAUAGGGAGCGCAGAAAAAAAAACAUUUUAGAGGUCAAGUCUUUGAAACUCAUUACAGACUCAUUAUAUUUAUCCUGGAACGAUUCAGCAUGAAAUUGUUAAUCUCUGUCUGUAAGUUAGGUUUAAAAAUCCCUCAUUUUUCUUCAAUCGGGUAAUCGGGUUAGUAGAAAUAGACAUCGGCACGGUUACUGCAUUAAAAAUUGGGAGAAAUAGCAUAUUUAAUAUUUUCAUUGUAAUAAUGUUACAAACUGCGUUCUUGUUGUGAAAAAUAUUCUAUUUCUAAAUUAUUUUAGAUAAGCUGACGGAAAUUGAAUGCACUUUUUUUUUUAAAAAAUUGUGUUAAUUUAAAAAAAUAAAAAAAUAUGAAAGACACUCGUACUAUACUUUAAAAACAAAUACAUAACACAUGCCAAAAAAAACCUGUAGUUGCCAAAUCCAGAGGAUCGAGUUUCCAGACUGGAUCAGGAAAAUUUCCACUGAUCCCCACUAUAAUAAUGAACUAUUAUAGUUAUAUGUAUAAAAAAUAACUAUUUAUUGUAAAAAGCAAAAAAAUAUAGGAACAAUAUGAAGUGUCCUAAGGUGACAGGCGAAACGCAUCAACUAUCUAUAACUAUUUUGUUUCCUGUUUGCUACCUGGCAUCACCAUAUCCCAAGGUGGGUAUUGUACCACCCAUGCUGUGAAAACUAGAGCAGGUCUUGCUCUUAAAAAUGUAAGUACAUUACUUCUUUUAAUUCCAGUUUACAGUACUUACGACACUAUCAGAGUUUUUUCUGCUCUUCUACUUCCAUAUUCACCAUCAAUAUCUGCAUUCGCAUUUAGAGGACCAGCAACACUUAUACCACCCUAUAUGCUUAGACAGGGAUCAUACUGUCCAUGCGCAAUACAGCAGAGCUCUAAUAUAGCUCUACCAAAUGUGAGUGGUUCUUAUAUUAGUCACCAAAUCCACUAUUUUGCACUUUAUCAGAUUGUACUGUACCAUUAUCCUGUAUUAUCCUGAGGUUUACUACACCAUACUCUCUGAAGUUUUAUGUACGUAUGAUUUUGGGCGCAGUAUACGCCAUAUCCUUUUUCUGUUUCACUAUUACACGAGGUCUUGGGAAUCCUUGUAUUGUAUACAGCAGCCCCAACAUAUCUAUUGUACUAUAGCGAGCGCCUAUUACCCAUGUUUUUAUUAUAAGAAAACUGAUUUCAUAUAAUAUUUAAAAUAAAAUUCUGCAUAGGAUGAACAAAAACAAUAUCCAAACAAUGUACUUAUGUAAUCUUACAUACCUGUACAGAUUUCCCAAUAUAUUCUUAUAUAUCCCAUACAGCAAUAUAGACGGAAUUGUUUGUUUUGUGCUAACAUAGGCAUCAAUGUAAUAUUUUUGGAUAAUCUUUUCAAAUAAUUCGCAACCUGAACAAACUUUUCAAAUACAUUGUCUUCAGAAGUCACCAUAAAACUGUGUUGGAAUUAUUAGAUAAAUCAGUUGAAAAUAAAAUAAAAUCCGAAAAUAUGUAAUAGAAGUCUUAUUGUGCUAGCUAUGCAAAUUAUGUUUGAAAAUGUAUGAUUUUUAUAUGAUUGGUUAAUGAUGGAGUUAAUGAUAUCAGCCAGCUGAAGUGUUGGGGAGAGGGGGGGAUACAUACAAGUAGACAAAGGGUUUUGGCUGUAUGCGUGGGGGGACAACAAGCUCAGUGUUCAAAGAGUUACUAUGACCACUUUUGGUUUUGGAAAUGGACAAGAUGCAAACAGUCUCAAUUUGCAGUGUUUUAGCUUGAAAGGGGUCUGUGAUUUAACAAGUGCAACUUCACCUCCAGCACACAUGACUUGAUGGGAAAAAAAGAUGAUAUAAGAUGAGAUAUAUAUAUGUAUAUAUACACAACAUACAAGAUGCAACACUAGCACCCAAUUACCAAACAGCAACCUCAAAGCUUACAGAAAACAACAGCUUUUAUUAAAAACACCCAGGAUAGGCAAAAAUAAUGGGGAUUUAGUUUCAGUAUUUAUACACUGCAUAAGCCUGCCACAAUGCAAAUGUACCCCGUUUUUGGCAAUCCUAGCAACCUAAUACAUACUAUAUACAGGUAUAGCAUUUAGUAUACAGUUGUAAUCAAAAUUAUUCAACCGCCAUAAAAUGAGUUUUAUUGUCAAAAUUUACAGACUUUCAGCUUUUUGCAAUGACUGGAGAAGUCAUUAAAAGUAGCAUUUUUCUGUUGAAUUUGGGGAAACCACUUUGUAACGCAACUCGUUAUGUUGAGCUAUUUCGAUUUCUUUUGUUUGAUUUGUUUAUUGCAAACAGCUGUAUACAUUAUAUAUUUAUUUAUUUUUACUGCUCACCCUGGUUUUUUCUUCUUAUUAUUUUUUUUAUACUGCUUUACCCUCUGUUGGUUACUUUUUCUCUGACCCGUAGACCAAAUGGUGGGAAAAUGCUAGUAUCACGUAUUAUAUAAUAUGUAUACAUUUUGCAGCACGCUGAUUGGCCAAUUUUUUUAACCUUCUUUGUUCUUCUGAUUCGGUUUCCAAAUUAAAAUAUCGGUACCAAAAUUCUGCUGAGCCAAACCAACAUAUGGUUGAAGUUCGUGCGUCACGAAAAAAUGUUUUACAUUCGGGAAAGUGGUUCGGCUGUGCUAGAUUUUCUCGCCCUGCCAAGUCUACUUAUUUUCCUUGUUUUCUGUAAAAAUAUACAUACUUUUUUAGAUAACAAUUACUGCAAACUAAAAUGAAAAGCAAUCAGCUCAUGGAUCUACAAAAUAACAUGCUUUCAGGCAUUUCAUUUACACUGUGUGUGUACAGUUUGACUUGCUAGUUGGGUUAUUGUUUGAAACUCAACAGGGAAUUUUAUAUUUUAGUCUAAAAUAGCUUAUUUUGUAAAAAAAGAAUUCACUGGUACAGUUACUUUUCAAGCUCAUUUGUAUCGAGAAAGAGCAGGUCACUAUUGCCCCCUGUUUGCCACUAGGCUUUAUAAACAUUUAACUGUCCAGGAUAAUAAAAAUGACACCUAGUCCGACUCACCACAUGUUGGCCACAUUUAAUAAUUCACGGUAUUGCUAGAAUCACUAUUUUAAAUUCUGGUAAUUUGUCUGGAAGAGCGCUUCAUCCCAACAUCAAUUAUUCAUCAUGGAGUGUCUUCUUCUGUUCAUAAAUUAGUUAUCGAUUUAUUUAUAGGAUUCCAUUUUGAGGUUCUCUUUUUUGUGGUGGUGCUACGGCUACGAUCCCUCCAAGAGAUCUCGAAAGGCCUAGGUUUCUGAAAGUGUCCUCUGUCUGGAUGUGUGGGGAACCGACAACAAGGAAAUAGCCAAAACAUAACUAAAUAAAAAAUAACCUGUCACUAUGAUAAUUUGUUGACGCUCUUCCAGAUGCAUUCACGCAUCUAGGUGCCUGUGGCUUCCCUUAAGGAACUUGUCACAGUGAAAUAGGUGAACCUUUUAGCGUCUUUGCAUUCGACCUUUAAAUUUCAGUCUAAAUACCGGUAUAUCAAACAAGUCUAAAAUAUGGUUUCCUUUUCACAGACUGAUCUGAGGUUGCAGUUGUGUCAGGAAGUUUUUAGACGUUAUGUGUUUCCCCCUUACACUCCAAUACAGACAGGCUGUUACAAUUUUAGAAACAUGGGUCAUAAAUCAGGAAAGAAGAAACACCUCGGAAGGGUCCUACAAAAAGCUGAGCAACUUGUCCUGUCAGUCAGACUUUUAUACCUCCAUACACGCCUUCGCCAAGGUCCCAAAUCUGGUACGAACUUGAAUACGCACAGCCGUCUUGCUUCCCAUACCAGCAACAUUUGAUACACAGAUGGAUUGAGUAAGGGAGAAUAAUACAUCCUCCAUGCUAUAGCUAGCUAGUUUGUCAUAGAGAGGGUACGGUUAAACCAAGAGGGCCAGUGAGAGUGCGUGGCCAGCUCGGCCAGCUGAAAGUGUUAAGGCGCUCAACUAAGGGGGGUGACUUAGUGGCACGGUAGUGUCAUGGAGUUAUCCAAAUAAAAUAAAAGGCAACAGGCCUAAAGAAAACAGAAAUACAGGCAUGUGUAGCAGGCAAUAUUUGCAGGUGUCGCUGUAGCCCCUUGUUUUUUCAUAUAUAUAUAUAUAUAUAUAUAUAUAUAUAUAUAUAAUGUCUAGCCAGCUCCCUGGUUCUGCACCCCUCCCUGUCACAGGUGCCUCAUCCCAGGAUCCUAUUUGGCCUUGUACUGCAGAGAACUCGAGAGGAUUUUCCCAAGUGAUUAGCUCAUUUAGCAGACAUUAGGCAGUUAGAGUAGGACCUGCCGAAUAUGGGGUACAUUGACGUUGUGGCAGGCUUAUGCAACGUAUGAUCAUAUAAUGUAACUAAAUCCCCAUAACUUUUUUCCUAGAUUAGGUGUUUUUAACAAAACUAGCAAAAUCUGUCAGCACCAAAGUAGCUGUUUAGUAGAUAGGGAGUGCGCUGGUUUCUCAUUGUUUGCUGCAGUGCAGCUUGUCAGAGUCCCCCUGGAUACGCCUGGCGUUCAACCGACUCCCUUGUGUGGUCUUCCCUGCAGAUAGUUAGAUAGUCCAUGCCAUGGUUGAUGGGGCACAUCUGCUCUCGUUUCGCCUUUCCAGUUCCCAAGUUUGCAUCACCUGUUGCCUGGGUGUGGGUCCGCGAGGUCUCCGGGCCUUGCGUCUUCGGCCCAUGGCCUUUGCGGGAUCCCUUUGCUGAAGUCCAUUGAUCCCUUCAUUAGGAUCUUGGGCCCAUGGGUCUGAGCAUAUAUAUUUUAUAUAUCACAAUACCUUGUAAUAACAAUAAUAAAAAUUUUAAAAAAUUAUUAUUUUAUUUUUUUUGGGGCUGUGCGUAUUGCUUAUUUGUUCCUCAACCAUUCUUAAACUUGUCUUGCAUUAUUCUAUAGUGACUGUGAAUAGACUAAAUGCGUGUUGGAGCACUGUGCAAUACAAUGUAAUAAUGUAACUACACUUCCUUAGUGUUAAUGUUUCUAAUGAGAUUCUGUCUAUUGCAGCAUUCAGUCUGAAGUGUUUACAAUGUGUUGGUACCGCUGCCUCGUGCCGCAUGUCGGUGAAGACCUGCCCUUCUUAUGAGACUUCCUGCUUUGCUCUGGCCUACAAAGGGGUUCAAGGUGAGGAUUUGAACUCCACUAACAGAGCAAUAAACACAAACAGCUCAGUUCACACCAACAGGUUAUUCACCAAAGUGUGAAUUCUCAGAAUUUCAAAGUUAAUUUUAUCAUUUUAGGGCACAAUAACCAAACUGAGUUAUGUUUUCAGUGUGGGAUCUGUCCUGCCCUGCCUUGCCUGUCAGGAUUGCAAACAUAAACAUGUAGUAAAUCUAUACGUUAACAAGGUAGCCGUCUAUAGAAAUUCUAUUUUAAAAAAAUGAAAGCAAUUAGCUUAAGCCGCAUAUAGUGUUAGAUUAUAGAUAAUGUGAAAUUUCUCUGUCUGCAUGUAUAACCCAAGAACACUCUAUCCAGGAGGAUUAUGUAAUUAUCAAGAAUUGUAUUUCAACAUGUAAAGAUGAUAUCCAGUCCCUUAGUGAACUCAUUUAUAUAAUAAUAUAAUGGUACAGUAUCUCUUGUAUCACUUUAUUGUGGAGUUAUAUUAAUUACUUAGAUUCUCAAUGUACACUGUAUAAUCCUUGCUAGAGAUACCACCUAAGAUGUAUCUCAUUUUACUCCUAUAAAGCAGAUAUCAUUUAUAGUCCCAUUGUAGCAGAAUAGAUGCCCAAAAUACACUUUUAUUCCUGAUUGUUCGGUUGUCCGUAAACCCCCCGUUCGUUUACUGAACCAACUCUGUGUGGCCCACCACCCCUGGCUGUUAACCACAAAUGAGCAAUUAGUUUAAGUGCUUUCCCUGUGUAGCAGCCGUUCGUAUAACCAAAUCCACGUAAUCCAAGAAUUGGCGGACAUUUUGUCUCCCGAACGCAGGUAGCGGUACAUAGUCAUCGACUGCAUGGAACUGUAAAUAGGUUGCGCGACCCCGCGAACACCUGGGAAACUUGUACCGCUGCCCGUCCUGAACAGUUAGUAGAACAGCAUUUGGGAGGCAUGAACUACCAAACAGGAGGAGUAUUCGCUCCCUAACAGCCAGGGGGAGCAUUUGUCGAUGUUCGUGUGAGAACACCCAAAAGAUGACCGGACGUUGCCUUGUUUUUUUGUGGAACUAUUUUGGGGCAUCACCUCGUGGCCGACCAGUCAAAACUUCGAAUGGCGUUUCUUAACCACCAAAGGCAUCUGAGCGCUACUUCGACAGAGUGGGCGUUCAGACCCCAGCUAUUCGGUGAAAUAACUAUUGUGGGGUUCUUAUGUUGUUAUAAUGUAUUUUUAGGGUGAUUUAUGAUAUUUUUCUGUAACUGAGUGAUAAUUGAGUCUGAGUUUUCUCGUUCAAUUAUCUCUCAGAAACAGAGACUCCAGGGAGGAUAACACUUUUAUUUUUAAUGUGGAAACCCAUGCUAGAGGUCAGUGCAUAAAAGCCGUGUGUGUCUAAAAUAAAAUCAGUUGACUCCCAGAACUAUAUGUCAUCUAGUUGCUGUGGGGAACGGGUCUUGGAUAAUUACAGUGCUUCUUUCAGCUUUGAGGAAGGAAUAGCAGAGAUACCUAGUCAUGGUGUCGGAGCUCCGCUACAUCCCUUAGACAAUAUAAAUCUCGCCUAAUAUAGCUAAGCCAGUAUAGAGUCAUAUUAUUCAGUAAUUCUGUUAUACAGUCAUUACAAGUUAUUCUGUGGGUCACAGCAUGUCGAUUGAGGGUGGCAUCAGAUAAACACCACCGAUUCCAUGUAUCCCAUCCAACCCCAUGUUGGCCAAUAUCUACUUAAGGUCUCUUUAAUUUGCUGAUAGUCAAUGUUAAAUUUAGCCACAAAUACUGAUCCCUUACUGGUCUGUUUCAUAUCCUUACCUGAUAUUUUUAGUUGGGUGUUAUUUUUUUUUUUAGUUUCUACUUUUCCCUUCUUAUACUUUUAGCAAAAAUGGGCAAUUAGUCAUUGCUAUUCAACAUCACAAAUCCCCCCUUUUCUGCGGAUUUUAUAAUUAGAUUGGGGUGUUUUAAUUUCUUCAACGCCAUCCGUUCAUCCAUCAUAUUACUCAUUCUCUCGCUGUUAGAUUAUCCAUUAUUCCAAAAUCUAAAAGAACACUCUCAUGAAAACAUAAUUACAUAAUUCAGCCUAUCUCUCACUGAAUAAUAUGUAGAGGGUGGUUUAAAGUGGGAUAUAAUAUUGUCAUCCACGAUUUGUAUUGGAUCUAGAGGUUUGUUUGUUUCCUCAAUAUAAUCAUUAUCAUCCAAUAAGGAUAUAAAGUUAGAGAUCAUUGGUUUAUCUAUGGAGUUAUCAAGAUGUUUAUCCUCCUCCCUAAUUUUCAUAGAAUUGGAAGUGGCAGAGUGACUGAGGGGGUGACAGUGUGGGUGGCACAGUGACUGAUGGGGGAAGGGGGUGGCAGAGUGAGGGAGGGAUUGACAGGUGGUAGAGUGACUAAGGAAGGGAGGGGGUGACACAGUAAAGUAGGGGGUGGCAGGUGGAAGUGUGACUGAGGGAGGGGUGACACAGUAAGGGACGGGUGGCAGUUGGCAGAGUGACUGAGGGAGGGGUGACACAGUAAGGGACAGGUGGCAGGUGGCAGAGUGACUGAGGGAGGGAGGGAGUGACACAGUGGGGUGGGGGUGACACAGUGAGGGAGUGGGUGACAGGUGGCAGAGUGACUGAGGGAGGGGGUAAUAGUGAGGGAGGAGAUUGUAAUUUUAAAAAUACCUUCAUUUUUUCCCCCUGGUGGUCCAGUGUCUUUGAUCCCUGGUGGUCCAGUGGGCUGUCUCUCCAAUCUGCCCGGCAAAAUCUGCAAAAUGCCGCCCCUUUCAGAGUGCCGCCUGAAGCCAUGGCUCCACUGCGGGCUAUGGACGGGCCGGCCCUGACUUUAUUGUCCCUUUAACAUAAGGAAGGAGAACAAGUUGUUAUGGUGCUAGGAGUGCUCUUAUAUUAAUGUAACAUAGAUCGCAGAUUGCUGCAAAUGUGGUAGAUGAUAUGAUAAAUCAUCCGGAAAAGCAUUAUGAAAGUUGUUGCCCAUCACUUGUUUAAAACAUUGAUCAGUGUUUAAUGCUGUUACCGUACAGACCUUAUGGAUGGUUUUGAGAUCAUUGAGCUGGUUUUACAAGAUGAGGAUUGCACAUCUUAAGCCUCGAGAUAACAUCUACCUUUGAAAUCUUCACAAAAAAGGGCCAGCCCACCACGGAAUCCACAGAAUUUCUUCAAAAAUCUCACACACAAAAACUCACAGUUUUAUAAUGUCAUCACCUAUUGCACAAUAUGACCACAUUUCCAGUCUCUGGAUCACGAAUCUGACUACUGUAGACAGGCUGUUUAAGAACAGUUUGCCAACUUACCUGGGAUCUGCCAGGAUAGGGGCUGUAGUAGGGGAUAGGGGCAGUAGUGUGUCUGAGGGGUGCAAUAUGUGUGUGUGUAUGUGUGGUGGAGUGAGUGUAUGUGUGUGUAUGUGUGAGAGGGGUGAAGUGUGCGUAUGUGUGUGUGUGGGGUGCAGUGAGUGUAUGGGGUGCAUUGUGUUUGUAAAGGAUGAUGUGUGUGUGUGAAGGAUGCAGUAUGUGUGUGUGAGGGGUGCAGUGUGUGUGUACAUGGGUCAGUUUGUGUGUGAGGGGUACAAUGUGUGUGGGGCCAGGUUGCAUGAGUGGUACAGUGUGUGUGUGUGAGGGGUACAGUGUGUGGAGGGGGCAGGUUGUAUGAGUGGUACAGUGUGUGUGGGGGGGGCAGGUUGUGUGAGGGGUACAGUAUGUGUGUGGGGGCAGUGUGUGAGGGGUACAGUUUGUGUGUAUGGGGCUGUGUGUGUUUGGGGCAGUUUGUGUGUAUAGGGGCAGUGUGUGUGUAUGGGACAGUGUCUGUGUAUGGAGGGCAGUGUGUGUGUAUGGAGGGGCAGUGUGUGUGUGUGUAUGGAGGGGCAGUGUGUGGGGGGAGGGGCAGUGUGUGUAUGGUGAGGGGCAUUGUGUGUGUGUAUGGAGGGGUAGUGUGUGUGGGGGGCAGUGUGUAUAGGGGCAGUGUGUGUGUGUAUGGUGUGUGUAUGGAAGCAGUUUGUGUGUGUAUGAAAGGGCUGUGUGUGUGUGUGUGUGUGUGUGUGUGUGUGUGUGUGUGUGUAUGGAGUGUGUGUUUGGAGGGGCAGCGUGUGUGUGUGGGGCAGUGUGUUUGUAUGGGGGGCAGUGUGUGUUUUGGGGGGCAUUGUGUGUGUAUGGGGGCAGUGCGUGUGUAUGAGGGGCAUUGUGUGUGUAUGGCUGGGCAGUGUGUGUGUAAUGGGGGGUAAUGUGUGUGUAUGGGGGGGAGUGUGUGUGUAUGAGGGGCAUUGUGUGUGUAUGGGGAGCAGUGUGUGUGUGUAUGAGGGGCAUUGUGUGUGUAUGGGAGGCAGUGUGUGUGUGUAUGAGGGGCAUUGUGUGUGUAUGGGGGUCAUUGUGUGUGUAUGGGGGGCAUUGUGUGUGUAUGAGGGGCAUUGUGUGUGUAUGGGUGGGCAGUGUGUGUGUGUGGGGGGGCAGUGUGUGUGUAUGGAGGGGCAGUGUGUGUGUAGGGCAUUGUGUGUGUAUGGGUGGGCAGUGUGUGUGGGGCAGUGUGUGUGUAUGGGGCAGUGUGUGUGUAUGGGAGGGCAGUGUGUGAGUAUGGGUGGGCAUUGUGUGUGUAUGGGGGGCAGUGUGUGUGUAUGGGGGGGCAGUGUGUGUGUAUGGGGGCAGUGUGUAUGUAUGGGGAUAAUGCGUGUGUGUAUGGGGGCAGUGUGUGUGUAUGGGUGGGUAAUUGUGUGUAUAGGGGGAGUUAUUGGGAGUCUGUGGGGGUAGGAGAGCAGAUAAAUAUACACAUGUAUUUAUUUAUUUAUUUUAAUUAAUAAAAGGUUUUUUAAUUUUAAUAAAAAAAAUUAUUAUUAUUUUAAUAUCCCCCCUCCCUGCUUACCUAUACCUAUUUCCUGCUGUCCAUGGUGGUCCCAGUGGUGAGAGUGAGCGCCUCAGGAGCUGCUAGAGUUCACUCUCGCAAGAUUUAAAACGUUGCUGUGGUAACCAUGGCAACGCUCAGAGUUCGCGAGAGGAGAACCCGGCGGAGCUGCAUGUUAGAGCUCCCCCAGGUCCUGCCUCCCUCCCUUCCCUGCCAGCUGCCAGCAUUACACUGCGAGUAGGCUGGAGAGGGAGAUCUCUGAUCUCCCAUCUGGUCCUGCAGAGCCGACAGGGGAGAGGGAGGCACAUUUCCCGGUGCUAUGAUCUAUGGGAACUGCUGAUUUAAACCAUUUCAUUUCUGAAGCAGAGGGGAGUUUUUUGGCCUCCAUUACUGCUGCGCCAAUUACCGCAAACUUAACGAUGACGGCAGCCAUUUUAUGUGGUAAAGUCGUAGGGCUACAGUGAGUCCACAAACUCCGUCACUUGGUCUACAUUGAGUAUAAGUUCUGUGUGAACCUCUUGCAUAAUAUACUGCUGAAAUACACAUCACCAUCAUCCAAUAAAUCAUGAUUAUUAUAACAGUGAUAAGUGUUGCAUUCAGUUAUUGCCUAAAUAAUCAAAUGUUACUAAUUAUUGGUAACCCAUGAUAGGAGGUUCGAAAACAUGGCUUAAAUUCAUUGCCAGCAUGAAACACCCUUAUUUACAUGUGAGAAUUAUUUUACUCCUAUGGAUUUUUAACUUGGGAUAAACAGAAUUAUUUACUAAAGUAAGAAUUACAUUGCGUCCAUCAAGUUCAGCCUUCCUCAUAUUUGUUUUUUAGCUGUUGAUCCAAGAGAAGGCAAAAAACCCAGUUUGAAGCCCUUCCAAUUUUGCAACAAACUAGGGGGGGAAAAAUUGUCUGGAAUUUAAAUUUAAUUUCACAUUUAAGGCCAAAAUAUCAAAACUGGAAAAGUUAACCAAGUCGGCAAUGCUUCCAUUGUGGCUACUUUGGUCUUAAAUUUGAAAUUCACUCGGAAUUCACGUCGAUUUCCAAACACUUGUCACUUUAAUUUUAUAUAGGCAAAUUAUUUUCUCCUGUUAGAUUUCAGCUGAGAUAACGUUUUUUACUCUCUCUCUCAGCUGUAUUAUCAUAACCGUGUUAAGACUAAACUUUUACCUUACUUGCAAAAACAUGGCGAGUUAUUCUCACCUGACAUACAGCAAAAUACACCGGGGCUUUACUUUUGGCGAGAAUUGUAAUCAUGGAGGUAUAAAUAUAAACACAAGCAGAAGUCAUUAAUAGAGCAGUUUUGGUUUUUAGAUCAUUCCUCUGCAGCCUCACUACUCAAUUAUCUGCCAUUUAGAAGUUAAAUCACUUUGUUUAUGCAGCCUUUUGCACACCUCCCUGCAUGGGACUUAUACAGCUUUCCUAAAGACUUCCUGUAAAGAGUCAUCUAAUGUUUACACUUCCUUUGCUGCAAAUUCUGUUUAAUUUAAAAUCUCUUAUCUCCUGCUAUAUUAAUAAUUUAGACCCUACAGGAGCCUAUUGUAUGUAAUUAAAGUUCAAAUUACAGAGCAGGGCAUAAAAACUUUUAAAGUAAGUUACAUCUCAUGGAAAAUAAAACCAUUUUGUUUUCAUGCAGGCUGUGUCAGUCACAGCCUGGGGAGGUGUGGCUUGGGCUGCAUAAACAGAAGCAAAAGUGGUUUACCUAACGGCAGUGAAUUGAGCAGUGAGACCUCAGACGCAUGAUCUAUACACCAAGACUGCUUCAUUAAGCUAAAGUUGUUUGGGUGAAUAUAGUGUCCCUUUAAUUAAAAAAACUGUUUCGUAUAAAUGCCAGCAAGUCAACGAGGUGGACAGGAAAGGACAGCUAAUGAGAUAUACAUUUAUCUUCCUCAUCUUGUUAGGUUCUUCGACUGUUGAUACGGUGAUUAAAGGCUGUUCCACUCCUCAGAUCUGCAAUCAAACUUCAAUCAUUGACGCAGGAGUUCAGUCGGUCACCAUGAGUUCAUCUUGCUGCGAGAGUAAUUUCUGCAAUAUUAACCGCUACAACAGUAUGUAUCCUCGUAUGAUAGUGUCAAACCAAAACAUCUCUACCUACCUGUCUCUAUGAUGAAGGUUUCAUAGUACGUCCCACCAAUAGUAGUUUGUUUUUUUUAAGCCAAAACAUAGAAUCGUCCAACAUCAAAAGCAGGAUUUGGGUAUCUAUAGGGUAUAUUCCAGUUGUGUUUUAUCAGUUUUUCUUUGUACUUUGAAUUGAAAUCAGAAAUGUAUUUUCUCACAGCGCUACCUGUAUUUUCUAACCGCCUGGAGUGUCGCACAUGUGCGGACCCAACCAAACCGUGCCAAAAUGCAGAUACCAGUAUAUUUUGUGACGAAGUCAACAGUUAUUGCGUGGAUGUGGUCACCAGUAAUUACACUAAUGGUGAGUAUCAAAUGUUCUGUGAAUAUUGUAUGGAAUUCAGUGUAUCCUGUCACUUUAAAUGGACAGUAGACUCACAAAUAUAUCUUUGUUUAAUGUCAAUAUCAAAAUAUUAAUGUUACUCUGAUGGGUCUACUACAUUGCCAAACAGACCUAUACAAUAUUUAUUUCAGCAUUUACUUAGCGCAAGCUGCAAAAGAAGUCAAAUUAUCCUUUUUUGUGUCUUUAUUUUCAACUGCUGAAAGUGAAGUUGUUUCGUCAUUAGGUAGGGGUGCACAAAGGCCCAACUCUAGGACUUGAGAGGUAUUUUUUUUUUACAUCCCAGAAUGAUGCUGGAUCAUACAGCCGAUAAGUUUUGCCCCUGGAGAAAAGGUAGAAAACGAGGGAAACUACCAGCGAUGCGGGAAAUUGAGGGGCUCCACAAGUAGUGGUGGUCUUACAUUUUCGAUUUUUAUAGCGCUUGCACCAUACUAACAUCUACACUCAGACGACUUGAAUGAUGAAUGAAUGCUCCACCAUACAGGUUUAUGUUGCCAUGGCACUGUAUCACCAUAACUACCUCUCCAUAAAAUGGUUGUUGUGUUGCCAUGGCAACAUGUUCCUUCAAGUAGUGACACUAAAUCAGUUUCAACUGUCUACCAGUAAACGAGAAGCUCCGUGAAAUUAAAUAUUACACCUACAGGCACAUUGACAAUUUGAAACUAUUUUACUUUUUAACCUUAUUAAUGAAAAACAAAAAUAUUUCUCCUGGUUUCAGUGCUACAGCACGUUUUAUUUUCUAGAUUGGAAAUCUAGUAGUUUUGUCAGAUUAAUGACAUAUGGAUAUUUUGGGUGGGAGGAUGAUUUUUAUGAUGAUGUGGUGGCUAUUAAAAAAGUUAAGUUGCCCCGCCCCCCCCCCUCCAUAUACCCUACCCGUCUCAGUAACCCCCCCUCCCCCCGGACGUACAAGCCACAAGACUGUAUAACACUGACAAAGGACGAAAUCCUACCAGCCUGAAAAUUUAGCGACCCGAGCUUUCGAAAGCAAAAUGGAAAAUCACCCACAACACUUGGUACACGAAACACUGCUAUUCCAAUCUCUAUAAUCUCAAUGCUGAAGUAUUAAAUGUUAAUUUACUAAACGAAACGGAUUGCACUUGUACCCCACCCCUUUUACUUCAUUCUGUACCCCACAAUUACAGUCGAAAAAAAUUAAUUGAAAAAUAAAGAAUUGAUAUAAAAAAGUUAAGUUGCCCACCCUUUUACUCUUAGCCAUCCAAUCCUCUCUGAGCUCAGUCCCCUGGCUCCACCUCAUAUUGGGAUACAAAAACCAUUAUCUAGUUAACUGUCCAGUCUGAAAUUACUAGAUCUGAGUGCCUGUAUAUUAAGUGUGUAUUAGGAGGACCAUUAAAAUAAUGUAACAACGCAACAAAGAUUCAACUUCAACCAGCUCUGUCAUGUUUUAUUAUUUUGCUAAGAUUGUUGUUGUUUAAAUGUAGUAACUAAUUUAUCUUUUGCUGUUUCUAUUGUCAUCUCUUCCUAAUUGCAUUACAAUAAUAAAUGACAACCCUUGUUGUAUAAUUUAAAGGCACACUGUAGUCACCAGAACAACUACAGCUUAAGGUAGUUGUACUGGUGAGCAUAGUCGGUCCCUGUAGGCAUUUUCAUGUAAACACUGCCUUUCAUGUAAAAAGGCAGUGUUUACAUUACAACCUAUAAACAUCUCUAGUGGUCACUCCUCGCUUUGCAUGGAGACGCUGAACUUUCCUCAUUGAUUCAAUGCAUCUAAAUGAGGAGAUGGUGAUUGGCCAGGGCGGCGUUUGUCUCCACCCCAUCUCUUUGGCUGAGAUAAUCAGAAUAGGUAAGCAAUGUGAUUGGCUGAGCUCAUAAAUUCUGAUGAUAUCUACCAAGGAAACAGAUCGGGAGCGGAGCCAGUGCAGGCUGACCUGCGCGGCGCUUGAAAUAAGGUAGGUUUUUACUAUAUUAAGGUGGAGCAAGGGGUGUUAAAUAGUGAUUUUUAACACUAUGGGAUCAGGAUACACGUUUGUUUUCCUGACCCUAUAGUGUUCCUUUAACUGAUGGCCAAGGAUCGUAAACUGUAAGGUAAUGCAUAGGGGCUCAUUUAAAAAUAAUAAGGUGCGCUGUGUCUUUAAGACCCAAAAAUAUAUAAAGUGCAACUAAGUGCAAACAAAUUGAUAAAGUGCAAAGUGAUACAAAGUGCACUUAAAGUGUAGAAUAUCCAAAAUCUUUAUUGCCCAGCACAGCACCAAUAUAUCACCUUCCUCCACACUUAGUAUUCAGUUACAGAGCCUUCGGUAGCAUACAGCAUAAGGGUGUCGACCUGUCCCUCUGCGGAUUCGCCGCCGUAAUUGCCGUCUGUUGGCCGUCUGUUUCCUCAAACUUCCAGGGGGAGGAGCUUUCUCGGGUGCGUGACGUCAGGUGCGUAACUUUACGUGAUGUUUAGUGGAUAGGUGAGUGCGCUGGAUCUUGUGUAUUGUAUUAUUUGUGCAGUCCUACAUUUGAAGAAGCUGUUAAAGCUAGAGCAGGCUUAUUCUGCUCUACUUUUGUGAGUGCAAUAUUUGGCGUUUAUUAUCCAUACUACCAUUUUAAUACGGUUUCACACUAUUGGUUUUUUUAUGUCUCUUUUCCUUUCUAUGUAUAUUUGGAGUUGAGAGGCCAUAUGUAUGUAUAAUAUUUUAUACUGAUAUUCUACACUUUAAGUGCACUUUGUAUCACUUUGCACUUUAUCAAUUUGUUUGCACUUAGUUGCACUUUAUAUAUUUUUGGGUCUUAAAGACACAGCGCACCUUAUUAUUUUUAAGUAUAUUCACUAAAGUGUUUGGAGGAGUUUUACACUUGUUUUUGGUGCAGCUCUUUUUUAUAUUAACAGGUUGUUUUGUUUUAUUUUAGACGAUUUUAUUACGAGCGCCUACUUUUUACUUGUUUUCUGUGUACAUAGGGGCUCAUUGACUAAUUAGGGUCUUGUGGCAAAUUAAAAUUAAAGUUGCAAAAUGUAGACAGAAUUAGCAAUUUUGCUCCUAAAUUUUGUUUUUUAGUUCAUGACAAUUCCCAGUCAAUAAAUGAGUAUGCUUGGAGAAAGAAAAAGGUGGUCUUAAGUUUUGGAAGGUCAUGUUCUCAUUAGACUUUACUCAGUCUUCAGGAAGGCGUGCCAUAAGAUAAUGUAGUAUCUGCAUUACCUUAGCAAAUCAUGAAACAUUUGGAAACAGCAAUAACACAUACCUCAAAAUCUUCCCUCAGUUGUUGGGUCAAAUGCGAUUUUGGGUUGCUGUCCCACCAUCUGAGUUUACAUUGCUCAGCCUGCAGGGACAUGUUGUAGAGACCAGAACCACUACAUUAAACUUUAUUGGUUCUGGUGACUAUGGUAUUCCUUUGAAUAGCGUGAACAACUGUAAGGUAAUGCAUAGGGGCAACCGAAUGGUGUUGGCCUUUUCGGUAUUGGGUCAUUCUGACACAGCUUAAAAUAUAUGCAAUCUUUAAUUUAAAAAAAAUAAUAAUAAUAUUUUAAAACAUUCAAAUGUUCCUUUAAUUCUUAUCCAUUCAAUGUGAUUUGAUGUGUUCUCUAAGUAUUUAUCAUUAGUGAUGUCCCGAACGGUUCGCCACGGACUUAUGAUUGAGUAAACUUUGACCCUGUACCUCACAGUCAGCAGACACAUUCCAGCCAAUCAGCAGCAGACCCUCCCUCCCAGACCCUCCCACCUCCUGGACAGCUCACUAAGAAUGCAGCUUCACAUUGAAUGUAAAAUGGAUGCUGUCCAGGAGGUGGGAGGGUCUGGGAGGGAGGGUCUGCUGCUGAUUGGCUGGAAUGUGUCUGCUGACUGUGAGGUACAGGGUCAAAGUUUACUCAAUGAUGAGUCCGAGUGGAACCGUUCGGGACAUCACUAUUUAUCAUACAUCACUGCUAGAUGCUAUCUUAUGCCCAGCAUGGGUUAUUAACAAUGACCUGUGCGUAUUGAUAUAUUUUUUAUUGAUGUCAUCAAGAGGGCCUAAACCUAAAGUUUAUGUUUUUCACAGCGCUACAAGUAGCAUAAACAAAUAUGCGCUACAAUUUAUUAAAAGUGUGUUGUUUUUUUCCACACAAUACCAUAUGGGAGAACGAAAACCCCAAUACAAAUUCAAAGAAAAAUGAACACAAGUUAAAAAUCACAGAAACAAACAAUUAAAAGGAAAUAAAUAAUUAAACAAACCUGUUUCUGUGUGUUCGUACAAACUGUGCUCUGAUUUAUUUGGUAAGCUCUCUAUUUACUUCGUGCCAACUGAAGAUAGCAGCUGUUUACGGAAUCUUCCAGUUCCAGUGCCACUUUCCUCUAAUCAAAGUGUGACAGGAGAGGUGCCCGGGAGGCUAUUUAAUCAAAUCUCCUGGCUGCAGUACUGUUACAAUACAUUAAUUUUGUUGUUGCUUACUUAAGGUGCUUUUUUUUUUUUUAACGUGUGCCCCAGAACUCUCUUUUCUGCCAUCUUUUUCCUAAUGUGGCAUGAAAUUGGCUACCCAAUCACAUUCCGUUACAAACAGAGCAGAACUGAUCUUUAAAAUGCAAAGCUUACUGGGUGCCAAGGUGGCAAAUGCAGGCAGAAUGGCGAUGGGUAACCUGAUUAUUAUAGGAGUACCCAGGUAUAGAUAUCUGCCACUGUGCAUCACCAUGCAACACCGCGAGCCAAGGAGAGAUCAUGUCUCAGAUCUGUCGUGUCCCUCAGUUCCCUCUUGUGUUUCUUAAUCCCCCCAUGUCUCUAAAGCCCAUCGUGUCUUUCACUCCCAUCUCUAAGUCCCCACUUAUGUCUUUCAGCUCUAUGUCACUCCAGGGUAUCUUAUUUAAUUUACAUUUUCCAGCCCUCAAGGUCUUUCAAGAUCCCAUACAAUCAUUGGUAGCACCCCAAAGUAAUGUCAAUGUUCCUUGAUUACCACUGGAAGAUUAAAUAAAUAAAUAAAAAAGGAUAAAACAAAGAACAUAUGUGAGCCUUGUAGCCAGCAGGAUGACUAAUCUAUGUGGGGUGGGUUCAUCAUCAACGUCUCUGUGCAUGGCAUGUAGAGCUUCUAGGAGUAAUUAACUUUUCCCCUUAUCUUUAGUUCAAAAUAUUGUAGUUAUUUUAUGAGAGAUCUUCCAUUCCACAGCCUUACAGGACUCCUGCCAUGUGUAAUGGAUUUAUUAAGAUGGUCCUUACAUGUUAUUGUAUAAUUUCUAUAUCAUGGAGAAGACCAGUCAUUGGGACGUACUAAGUAUUUUCCCUCUAUCUCUUAUCUCUUGUUGCAGGGAAAAUCAGUGGAACGAUGUACUCGAAAGGUUGCGGGUCUGGAGAGGGAUGUAACAAACUAUUUUCGUACAACACUGGGUCGUUUCAGCAUUACACACAAUUCAUUUGUUGCAAUUCAAAUAAUAAUUGCAAUAAUAUUCAAAAGUCUGGUGAGUAUAUUCAAUAGAGAGAAGAGGCAUGACCUACCUCAACAAAACAAACACUGUAAUUAACAGACCAAGUCUCCAAGUUAGUGGUGCAAUUAACCUUUUACGUAACACUGAGACUUAAAUAUUUGUAUAAUUACAAAUGCAUGGCACACUGCAAGGGGUAAGAAGAUACAAUGAGUCUUUGUGUAUUGUGCCCAUAGGCCCAAGUGGCUAUGUUUAAAAUUAAAUGUAUAAUACAAUAUAAUGGGGUCUCCUGAUUCCUUGAUAUUAAAUAUAAAUGCCGGGCACAGGACAUGUGGACGUUACACUCUUGGGCAGUAGUAUCUGUUUGCAGCUUCCACCAUUGAGUCAUUCUUCUUCCAAUAAUGAAAGGGAACGUGGAGAGGUAGAAACAAUGCAACUCUGUCUCCCCAGUUGCACUCCUGGCGUUUCAAUGCUAGGUGAAGAGUUAAAGGCAACCGUCAAAAACAACAAUAAAUGCAAAUUAGGGUUUAACAUGUGUGUCCCAGUGCUGCCCUAAAACUAAAUGAACCCUGGCUCUAACUUACCCCCCUACACUAACAUUACCUUUAAAGGGACAGUAUAAGCACCAGCACAACUUCAGAUUUAUAAAGUGCUUUUCAUGUAUAUGUCAUGACCUGUAGUCUCACUGCUCAAUUCCCUGCCAUUUAGGAGUUAAAUCACUUUGUUUAUGCAACCCUGCCCACACCUCCCUGCAUGUAACCAAUCUCCCUAAACAUUUCUUGUAAAGAGAGAUCUAAUGUUUAAACUUGUUUUAUUGCACAGUGUGUUUAAUUUACAAUUUACUUUCCUGUGAUCUGUUAAAAGCCUGCUAGUUGAUGCAGGAGCCUCCUAUGUGUGAUUAAAGUUCAAUUUACAGAGCAGGAGAUACAAACUUCUAAAGUAAACACAUUGUGCUGUCUGAUUAUUAUUUUUCAUGCACGCUGUGUCAGUCACAGCCAGGGAAAGCGUGGCUAGGGCUGCAUAAACAGAAACAAAAGUGAUUUAACUCCUAAAUGGCAGAGAAUUGUGCAGUGAGACUAAACGUGCAUGAUCUUUACACCAAAAUUGCUGCAUAAAGCUACAGUUGUUUUGUUGCUUAGAGUAUCCUUUUAACCCUAAUUAAAAUAAAUAAAUAUAUAUAUAUAUAUAUAUAUAUAUAUAUAUGUAUAUAUAUAUAUAAUAUGAAACAUAUAUAAAACUAAAAUUAUGGGAAAACAAAGUAAUCUUUGUGUUCUGAGACAUUCAGAAACUUCAUUUGGGCUCGUGGUUUGUUAUGAGAUCUCCGGAGCUGGUUGUCAUCACUACUCGUAGAAUACUACCGAUAGCAGUCUUUUUAAUGAAGUCAGUGCCAUGAUGUCAAGUAUUUCCUAAAAUGGGACACUACGGAUAGAGAGACUUUAAAGUAGAAUUUUAUUCUUCUAUAUUCAUUCUGCAUGUUUUGGACACUUUGUGUCUAAUGAAUUUGUUUAAUCCUGUAUUAAGUGUAGUAUUGGAUUGCUUACAGGGUGUCUGCAUAUACCUCUUUUCUACAUAUUUCUGUAGGGUAUAUUGUAACACAUAUAUUGGUUAACUGAUAAACUAUUCCAAUGACUGCCUUGUAUUAAACAUCAUGAUAUUUUGUUACCGUUCUGUACUGUGGAGGUUCUCUCCCUUUUUUUUUUUUGGACUUUGUACAUUUAAAAUCAAUGCAUAUUUAAACCUGCAAAAAACAAAAAUAACGCAGAAUUACAUGAACAUCAAUAAUAGGAUUUGAAUAUUAACUAAAAUCCUAAAUCUACAUUCAUGCAAUAUUUUUACCAAUAAAUCUUCAAAAUCCACGUGCUAACACCAUUCACCCUGUGCAGCAGAUUGCACCUUAGCAAACUUAAAGUUGCGGAUGUAACCAUUGGUCAGUGUUCCAGGUGUGGGAUCUCCAGUAAGUGGGAUCUCCAGUAAGUGGGAUCUCCAGUGAGUGGCAUCUCCAGUGAGUGGGAUCUCCAGUAAGUUGGAUCUCCAGUGAGUGGAAUCUCCAGUGAAUGGGAUCUCCAGUGAGUGGGAUCUCCAGUAAGUUGGAUCUCCAGUGAGUGGCAUCUCCAGUAAAUUGGAUCUCCAGUGAGUGGGAUCUCCAGUGAGUGGGAUCUCCAGUGAGUGGGUAACAGGUUCAGUUUCAUGCUAGCCCUUCAUCCUUCUGAGUUCAACAAAAUGAGUUCCGUAGUGUUGGUUAAUAGUUAAAUAAUUUGUCGUUAAUGUUAUUGUAGAUCAGAUAAUCUGACAUAGUGGCUGUUAUUCUUUGGUUUUCUCCGCAGUUACUGUUCUGACCAACGUCAACGGCAUUAAAUGCUGGGGCUGCCAAGAAACCGGAAAUGGAGAGUGCGCAACACAGAACCAGACUCUGGUCAGUUGCACAGGGCUUCAGAUCCGAUGUAUGGAAGCAUUUGGUAAGAAUCUGUAUUGUAUGUGAACCUCAUCCUGUAGAAGUCUGUUUUAGCCCAUAUUGAAAAUUUCUGUAGAAAUGGCCUAACUAGCAAUAAUAAUAAUCAACAGUAAUGCUACAUUUUUAUAUAUACAUUCUUGUUUCCAAGGGUUUUGACUAGUGCCUUUAGGUUCUAAACUUAAAGGGACACUAUUGUCACCCAGACCACUUCAUCUACUUGAAGUGGACUGGGUGCAUCGUCCCUGCCCCACUUAAUCCUGCCCUACUUAGUCCUGCAAUGUAAAACAAGGUGUUUUUUUGAGAAACUGCAAUGAUUACUUUGCAGACUGUCUCUAGUGGCUGUCAAUGAGAGAGCCACUAGAGGCACUUCCUGGAUCCUAACGGACUCCAUGUCUCCUAAGUGAAGCAUUAGGUCCCCCAGUCAGAUGACUUCGGAGGAGGCGGAGCGCCGACCCAGCGCCAAGGGACAUUGCGUUGGAAUCAUGUGAGUGAGUAAAGUUUUUUUUAACCCUUUAAAUUCUGAGGGGGGUCAUAAGUGGGGGGAGAGGGGAACAAUAGUGUUAGGAAUACAGAUUUGUAUUUCUAACACUAUAGAAUCCCUUUAAAUGGAAACUGUCACCUCCCAAGACUUUUAAUAUUAUGCUUUCUUAUCCUCUAUAUUUAACAAAUAUGCAAUUUUUAUGGAUAAAAAAAAAUAAAUAUUAAAUGUAGAAAUCCACAAGAAUGUGUUUAAUCCCAUCUUGACUCCCUGACAGCCAUUGUUCUAAGCUCCGCCCUUUGCACAUGUCAGUCAAAAUAGUGAGAACAAAGAGGAAGGGGGAGGGAAUCAGCCACAAUGUUUGUUUCUUCUCCUCUAAUACAAAAUGUGCCAUUUUUGUGUCAAAUCAUUUUGUAGAGGUUUGAAGAAAACUGUAGACUUUUUUCAGCACGGAUAACCGUUUUCUCUUCUGCGGCCGUGUUAAUGUUGAAUUUCCACAUUACUAAUAUCAACUCAAGUCCAAACUGGAUGGUGGUGGUUGGCUUAGAGCCCUGGGGUAGGUUAUCCCACUGCUGUCAAACUAUCACUGCUGUUCAGGUUGAAUGGAAUUGAUAAUGCGGCUGGAGAUGGGGUGGGCUUCAUGUGCAGGAGAGAGAGCCCUGAUUUUCUGUUGAAGCACUCCAAAACAUUUUAUUUAUUUAUUGCUAAUGGAUGGAAAGGUGGAACAAUGAAAUUAUAUCGCCCUGGUGGGAAAUAACCAAUGUUAUAUUUUCUUGUUUCCAGAUGAGAGAAACCAUACAUGGUUUAAAGGCUGCAGUACUGUGAGCUUCUGCUCUUCAGCUUACCCUUACCUCAAUACCCUUCCCAGCAUCUCGGGGAUAGAGUGCUGUGCUGGGAGUUUGUGUAAUAACUUCACAAGGAUAUAUAACACCACAAACCCAACUGUCAGCCACGCUCACAGGACCAACACAGACUUCAGGUUAUUAAUUUUCCUUGCCAGCUUCCUCUUUGCUACAUUAGGACAUUUUCACUAAACGCCCCACCGGGCACUUGCAUUUAUUUGUACAGAAGACUUUUUAUUUAUAUUAUUAGACAGUAGGUAGGAACAAGGAUCUAGCUCAGAGAUGAUUGAAUACCUACUGCUUUCCAAACUCUUGGGUCAGUAUUAAUCCUUAAGCCUGGUUUAUGGGACAAUAUUCUGAAUGAAGCAAGCUUCGCCCAUUCCCAAGUCUGUUUCGUUUCUACGACGCGGUGUCAGAUCGUCCAUGAAGCUCCUGAAUAAAUGGAUCUACAGAUAACCACUUCCCUACCUUAAAUCCUCCUGCAAAACCUAAAAAAAAAAUGAUCUCUAACUCAUGCUAAUUAUCACGUUUAUUGCUUGCAAUUACCAAUAUUUGAAACAUUUUAAAAAGGAAUGGAAUAUGACUAUCGAUAUCACAUUAUUUUGGAAUAUAUAACUAAUUCUCAAGCAGUUAUAAAGUUAGUAUAUGCUGAUACCUGUAGCAUCUUUGCUAUCACAAACAUCUCCGUUAAAGGGAUAUAGAAUGAAAUAAGAUUUUAUUUGACAAUUAAAGGGGCACUCUAAGCACCAAGAGAACUUUAGCUUAAAGAAGUGGUUUUGGUGUACACAACAUGCUUCUGCAGUCUCACAGCUCAAUUCUCCAUGUUAAGAAGUUAGAUGACUUUAUUUAUGAAGCCCUAGCCACACCUUCCCUGGCUGAGACUUACACAGCCUCCCUACACACUUCCUGGUAAAGAGUCAACAUCAGUUAGCUUUCUUUAUUGCACAGUGUGUUUCAUUUAGAAUAUUUUUUAAUCUACUGCUCAGGUAAUAAUAGGCUUUUAGAGUCUGUAGCAGCCUAUUAUGUGUGAUUUCAGUGCAAACCAGUUAAGUUAUUAUCUGCCAAAUUGCUAGUGGGAUACAGAAGAAUUACAUAAGAUCAAAUAAAUUCGGCUUUUUAAAGGUGGAUGCAGAUACCUGGAUUCAGUAAAGGAAUUCAUGAUCACCCAAGUACGAGGUGUAAAAUGGACAUAUGAUAUGGCACAGCUAGAUUCUAGUUGAUAUUUAUGUAGCCUUUGUGUAUAUUUUUAUAUAAGAUGUGAAAAUGUAUAAUAUAAUUAAAAUAUAUUUGAAAACUUGGUAAAA